GACGUGUCAGAAAUUGGAAUUUGCUUGAUUGAAUCGAUAAUGUUUUUUCAUGUUUGUUCAUCGGUUACCACCUCCUCAAUGGAUGCCAGCAUACACUCCUUGACGGUCUCUGAGUCUGUAAAUGGCUUUUUCUUUUUGCCCAAUAUCCAUGCCACUCGUAACGAUGCCGCAGUUGCUCUCUCUUGAUCUGUACAGACUCGAAACAAAAUGCCACGUCUUUGCUCGUAACAAGAUUGAAGCCCCGUUAUCUUCUGCCUCCGAGCAGCAGAGCCCGGUGGGAAAGUAGCAUCGAAGUUAGCAUGCGUUGUCUUGUAAUCCCUUCUCAAAUUAUACUCUUUGCACACGCCGAGGCACUCGUUGCAGAUUAAGCACACAUGAUUCUUAUCAACUGCAACAAACGCAUAUUUCUCUUUCCAUUCAUUGUUGAACUGCCUGUUCUCAGAGUCAACUUUUCUUUUUUUUAAAGUAGAGACAGACAUUUCUUCGUGUUAGCUAAUCUUUCAUGCCUAGCUUGAAAGAAUGUCAGAGUGGUCAGAGCGCGGCACUAGCGCGCGAACGGGCGACUUUGAUUUGUCACGUGUGGUCCCCCAAAAUAUGUGUCCGGCCGAAACAGGUAGAUAUUCUACCUGGCUGAAAGGGGUGCCGCCUCCUACUGUACCAAGGGCCAGUAUAAAAUCCCUCAGGGGCCGGACCCGGCCCGCGGGCCCGGCCCGCGCGCCAAUUGAAUAGCCCUGGCCUAGACCAUGGGCGUCAAACUUAUUUCAGGGUCAGGCCAGACAUCUGACCCACUGGACUUGAGUUUGACACAUGUGCCUUAGACCAGUGUUUCUCUGGGGUCGCGACCCCCGGGCCUUUGCAUGGGAAAAUAAAAAAAAAUCCUCCUGUGUUUUUAUUUUGAAGGGACAGCGGAGUGUCGGUUUUUUUCCGGCUCGUCCGUCCAGUCAGCGCGGCAAUUACAACGCUAGCACCAUCCCCCCGUCGUCAACACCGCUAGCACUGUGAUUAUAAAAUAACGUCACAUUCUGCUUUGUUUUAGGGAGCCGGGAGGAAGCACCAUCAAGCUGAAGAACAAUUCAGCUACUAAAUAUUCUGCAACAUCUUGAAGUUACAUUUAAAAUAGCUUGUAACAGCAUCUUUAUCCUAUGCAAGAGAAAAUAAAAAGUCGUUAAGUAAGUUAAUACAUGGGUUUGCCUCUGUUUGUAUCUAUUGUAUUGAUUGCUUACCUCUAUUACAUUUAUCUAACAGUUCAGGGCUUACUGAUUUGAAUUUACUGAGGUUAACAAUAUCGUCCGAAAUGAGAUGGAAUAAGAAGAUUCACGCUUGGUUCAGCCUUUGCAGGCGUUGGAGGACCCAGCUCUUGUAGACCACAAAGGCCUCGUGUGGAUACAGCCCAGCAAAUGAGACCCAGCUGUUGUGCAGGGAACGGAGAUGACGUGACUCACUCCAUACGGUUCUGGGUGGUACUAACGUGACCUCACGGGAGGACGGCCAGGCUGUGGAGGCGUGUCCUGAGCUACAAGUCAUCCAGGCUGAAUUACUGAAAGUUCUCCUACAUAAGGAAAAACUGCACCGUGCUACCGGUGCCUUGGUAAACGCUUCUGUCCCCUGCCUGUCGCGUGCUCCACCGCAACAUGCACAACAGCCACGUCACGCAGGCGCUCCUCUCCAUUCUUUGCAUCGGAUUGAGUGCCCAGUCUGACCAGGAGACUGAUGAAGUGGUCCCUCGGCUGCUGUCGGGUCAAGAGGUGCACCUGUCCUCUGCCCGCUCGGCCAGUCCACUGCGGCGCCGCGGGCAGCGCUCAACGGACGCCCCGAGGGGAGGACCCUCCGACCCGGCCCGGAUCAUUGUGUCCCUGCCUGCCUUCGGAAUGAGGCUGUAUUUAAAUCUUACGUGGGACAGCACGUUUGUCUCUGGGGACUUCGUGGUCGAGGAGAGACGCGGAGACCAGAGCGUAGCGUUUAGCCGCUUGUCCAAGAAGCAGCUGUGCUUCUAUUCCGGCUCCGUCAUCAACCACACGGGUUCUGUGGCGUCACUGAGCACGUGUGGUGGCCUGACUGGGCUCAUUCAGAUUGGGGAGGACCGUCUAUUCAUUCAGCCAGUGGGAAAAAAUGGCCCCGAUCAGUCCUUCUCGGGAGUGAAACACUGGCUGCUGCGACUCCAACGCUCUGCCAAGACCAGCUCUGCUCCAGAUGGCAACUGCUGGAUUGUACGAGGAAAGGAGAAGAUGUCAAACAUAGGGGAGGAGGGUCGCGGGAAGAGAAACGUCAUUCACCUGCAGGAAGCAUACACUGUGGAGACGGUGGUGGUUGCUGACUCUAAUAUGGUGCAGUACCACGGAGCUGAGGCUGCACAGAGGUUCUUGUUGACAGUCAUGAAUAUGGUCUACAAUAUGUUCCAGCACAAGAGUCUGGGAGUCAAGAUCAACAUUCGUGUUACCAAGCUGGUCAUUCUUCACAGCCGCCCCGAACAGCUAAAGGUGGGUCAUCAUGGAGAGAGGUAUCUGGAGAGCUUCUGCCAUUGGCAGCAUCGAGAAUUUGGGAGGUUGCGCUUUCCUGGUACCGACCAUUUCCCUGGUGGAUGGGAAGACAUACCUCCAGUGGACACUGCUGUGCUGGUCACUAGGACAGAUUUCUGCGUUCAUAAAGAUGAACCCUGUGAUACUGUUGGUAUUGCUUAUUUAGGGGGUGUCUGCAGUGCCAAAAGGAAGUGUGCGUUAGCAGAAGACAAUGGACUCAAUUUGGCUUUCACCAUUGCUCACGAGUUGGGACACAACAUGGGUAUGAGCCAUGAUGACGAUCACACCACCUGCACUGGUCAUUCCCACAUCAUGUCUGGUGAAUGGAUUAAAGGUAGAAACCCCAGUGACCUGUCCUGGUCCUCCUGCAGCCGCACUGACCUGGAGAACUUCCUCAGGUCCAAAGCCAGUGCGUGCUUACAGCAAACAGACUCCAGGAGCCGUUACCAUAUCCGCCUUCCCCCCAAGCUACCGGGCAUGCAUUACAGCGUGGAUGAACAGUGCCAGAUACUGUUUGGAACCAAUGCCAGUUUUUGCAGCAAUAUGGAGCACCUGAUGUGCGCUGGACUGUGGUGUUUAGUGGAGGGAGAAGCAGACUGUAAGACCAAACUGGAUCCUCCCCUGGACGGAACAGAGUGUGGGGUAGAUAAAUGGUGCAGGUCCGGUAAGUGUGUGAAUAAGACUCCCAUCCCUCAACAUGUGGACGGUGACUGGAGUCCAUGGAGCCAGUGGAGCAUGUGCAGCAGGACCUGUGGUACUGGAGUCCAUUUCAGACAGAGGAAAUGUGACAACCCUCCGCCUGGUCCUGGUGGACAACACUGUCAGAAGGCCAAUGUGGAGCACAAGGCCUGUGAACGUCCUCCCUGUCCCAAUGGGGCUACAGGCUUCAGAGACCAGCAAUGUCUGUCCUAUGACCGACAUGGCAGCAAAAACAAAGGCUUGCUGACUGCUAUUAUUAAUGAUGAGAAGCCUUGUGCGUUAUUUUGCAGCCCAGUGGGUCGAGAUGUCCCGGUCUUGAUGGCUGAUAGAGUGAUCGAUGGGACGCCCUGUGGACCAUAUGAGGCUGACCUGUGUGUUAACGGAAGAUGUCAGAGAAUUGGCUGUGAUGGCAUCAUCGGCCCUACAGCCAAAGAAGACCACUGUGGUGUAUGUAACGGAGAUGGGCGCUCCUGUAAGAUAGUGAGCGGAAAUUUCAACCACACCAAAGGAAUGGGGUACAUUGAAGCAGUCAUUAUUCCUGCAGGAGCCAGGAGGAUUAAAGUUGUUGAGGACAAACCAUCACACAGCUUUCUAGCUCUGAGAGACUCAAUCAAGAGGUCCAUCAACAGUGACUGGAAGAUUGAGCUUCCUGGAGAAUUUGAGCUGGCUGGAACUACGGUACACUACGUUAGAAGGGGACUGUGGGAGAAGAUGUCUGCCAAGGGACCCACCAAGACACCCUUACACCUGAUGGUGCUGCUCUUUCAUGACCAGAGCUAUGGGAUCCACUAUGAGUACACGGUAUCUCUGAACACAACUCAGGACAGUGACACACAUCUCUACAUCUGGACUCACAGCAGCUGGCAGGACUGUACUGUCAAAUGUGGAGGAGGUGAGAGGAGGACAGCAGUUUCCUGUAUGAGAAUAGCCAAUAAAACCAUGGAAGUGGUCAACAAUAGCUACUGUCAUCCUGAAAACCGACCACUACCCCAAGUACGACUCUGCAACUCUCAGCCCUGUCAGUACCGGUGGUUGACCGGAGAGUGGGGAUCCUGCUCCAUCACAUGUGGUAAAGGCCUUCAGCAUAGGGAGGUGGUUUGUGUUUACCGUCUACAGAAUGGCUCACUCAUCCACACCGGGGACCUGUACUGCCAAGAAGGAAAACCUCCUGUCCUUCAAGCCUGUGAGGGCCACCUCUGCCUCGCCAUGUGGGAGGCUUCAGAGUGGUCAAAGUGUUCAUCAGACUGUGGUCAAGGUGUUCACAAACGGACAGUGUCAUGUACAAACCCUCAGGGUGUAUGUGAUCCUUUUUCCCGCCCCAAAGAAGAGGAGCCCUGUGAGGACCAUUCCAAAUGUUAUGAAUGGAAGACGGGAGACUGGUCUAAGUUUGCUGAUGGGAUUCCCAGAGUUCUUUCACCAGAGAUGAGCUCAUGAAAAUCCAGGGAACAACUCUAGCGUUACUUCCAACUUUGUGGUUCUCGCACACCGCUGCCAGGCAUCUUUCUUGUCAACGUGCGCUCACUGUACUGCAACAAACUGGACGGACUUCAGCUGCUGAUUAAGACUUUUCCGUUUUGUGCUUCACGGAGACCUGGUUCUGUGGAUCGAUACCGGACUGCGCGUUCUAGCUGGCAGGCCUCCAGCUGCUCAGAGCGGGCCGUGACUCAGAGCUCUCUGGCAAGAAAAAAGGGUGGAGGAAAAUAUGCUUCAUUCAUCCUGAUUGGUGGUUACAUGCCGCCGUCGUGAAAGAGGCGCACUGGGACACUCGCCAACCAGAUACGGUGUGUGUAGCUGACCAACUCGGACUCCUUAGUUAAUGUCCUUGGGGACUUAUACAAAGGUAAUCUCAGCCACGAACUUCCUAAAUAAAAACUGUUACAUCAUAGUAAACAGGGCUUAUCACAUCGUCCCUCGUGCUGCGCUUGGGACACACUGACCACGUCAUGGUACAUCUGAUUCCUGCAUACAGGCAGAAACUAAAGCUCUGCAAACCUGUGGUGAGGGAAUUCAAGAAGUGGACCAGUGAGGCGCUGAAGGACCUUAUGGCGUACUUGGACUGCACAGACUGGGAAGUUUUCAAGAUGAGUUCACAGAGGUUGUGACUUCUUACAUUGGCUUCUGUGAGGACAGCUGUAUACCAUCUUGCACCAGGGUGAGUUAUAACAACGACAAACCCUGGUUUAUAGCAGAACUCAGAAAGCUACGACUGCAGAAGGAUCAGGCAUUUAAGUAUGGAUCAGUCUCAAUAAUUGCAAAUGCACACAGAACGACACACAAAUGCACAAGAGAAGAUUCACAAAUGCGCACGGAACAAUUCACAAAUGUAUUUGGUUUACAAAUGUAAACAGCAGGAUUUACAAAUACAUUUCAAUGCACACAUGAAUAAAUUACGAUUGACAUUUGUUUGUGUAUGUGUAUGCCUAUGUUUGUGGAUCGCUUCACAUUUGUGUGUGAGUUUUUUGACUCGUCGUACGUAGCAGAUCCACAAAUGUUGUUUUUUUCUAAAUGGACGUAUCUGAAGCCAUUGAGAUGUUGCCCUUAUUUUCAAUCACAUGAGCGCAGCUCCUCCCUCCCAUCUCCAGAAGACAGAUCAACGUUACAACUACGCCUUUGGUGGAGGCGAAGCGACAGGUAAGAGGCGUCUGGUACUGGUGGCGCUCCUGCUACCAGUGUAAGUGAAUCAUAAUUAAUGCACCCUGCCACUUGUUGUAAGUCAUGACAUGUACUUGAACCAUGAAUUUUUAGUUUUAAUAAAUUUUAAUGUCAGCGGAGAUAAUUCCAAGAAUUAUUUGAAACUUCUUAGUCAGUUUAAACUUGUAGCUCCAUGUGUGUGGCUAACAUUAGCUAGCUAACUAAAGGUUCCCUAAAUUGGUUGGAAUAGUUUACGUUAGCUCCAUAUGCGUGGCUAACAUUAGCUAGCUAACUAAAGGUUCCGCAAAGUGGUUGAAAUAGUUUGCAUUAUCCUAAACUGGUCAUUUGCGGCAUCAGCUUGCUUCGGGUGUUUGUUCCAAGGAUCGCCACCAAAACUUGUAAUUUAUACAUGUCAAGAAUUUACUUUUCAGCCAACCUUUAAUACCAUUAAAUCACCUGAAAACAAAACAAAAACUAAAAACAAGGAUUUAGGACGCAGCGUGCAAACAUACAUGGCCAAUAAACCUGAUUGUUUCUUUACGUUAACUAGCUAACGUGUCAAAAAUGUCACUGUCAAGACAAGAAAAACAGACUCUGGAAUGGCAGCGGAUUUUAUUGCAUAGUUUUAUGAGGAGCCGUUUAGGACUUAACUACUGAGACACUCUCACACACACUACUGAGACAUUCAACACUCUCACACACACUACUGAGGCACUCUCACACACACUACUGAGACACUCAACACACACACACUACUGAGACACUCUCACACACAAUAUUGAGACACUCUCACACAGACUAUUGAGACAGUCAUGCCAUCUCACUAGUGUGCGUGAGAGCAUCUCACUAUAUAACGUGAGAGCAUUUCACUUUACAACAUGGGAGCAUAUCACUAUACAAUGUGAGAGAAUCUCAGUUACACCGGAAGGCGGAAGCAAAGAGCGCUGAUUUUGAACAACGCAAUGCGCCAAUCAUACAUCCUUCCUUCAUAUGCCUUGAAGUCCGGGCUCGCCCAUCCAAGUUUAUAAAUACUACCAUAUUCAAGGGACGGAAUGUCAUUUUAGGACGUUUUCAGGCGAAAAAUUAGGUGUUUAAGCAACAUUUCUCUGGUUGGUUUGUUAACAUUCAGCCAUCGUAAAAAUUUCCAUGGAGGAUGUCGGAGAUGUGAGGUGUAGUUAACGGGACCAUCUGAUGCCCCCAGCACCGGGCGGUCAGCCUCAUCUCACGCCGCAGACAGCAGCCUGUUCUCGGCCAGACUUCUGUGAAAUGCUCCGCUUCGAUCUACUUUUCCGUAGCGGUUAUAUAUACGAUAUUAUAACUAGGAUGAGGGUUCAUAACUUUUAUUCGGAGACUGGUGUUUACCGGCUAUUUUGCGAGCAGAGUUUAAAUUCAUAACCUUAAUAAACUAUACAUAAACUAUACUGUAUCCAUAGUGUGCACGCUUGUUGUACUGUCUAUCAUUGGGCAAUAAAACUAACCGUAUCUUAAUUAAAGGUCUUGUUGGGAGACCGUCAUGGAAACCGGCAGCAGGACAUCAGCUUCAAAGCGACUUCAAAGGAUAAUAAUCGAUUAAAUAAUACAUUAAAAUCCAAAUAUUAAUUAAUGAAUAUAUAGUAUAGUGCGCUUGUAUAUAUACUGUGGGUUGUACAGUAGUUGAUGUUAGAAGCCUCUAAUCCAUUUAUUUAAAAAUGCCAUUUUAAAUUCAUCUCAUAGCACGUUAUUUUUAGCUCUCUUUAGAUGUGGUGUAUACAUUUACUUAACUUGCACUACAAUGAUCGUAAUAAUUUAAUGAAUAAGCUUCAAGUGAACUGUGUGUUUGAGUGUGUCUGAGUGUGUGCGUGAGUGUAGUAAAGAGUUCUGAAGCUAAAACAAAUCUUUAUUUAAAAAAAAAAAAAAAUGUCUUCAAGGAGAAACCUGUACUUUCUGAAAUAUUUUUGCAAUGUGAAUUUGCAGUUCUGUUUUAGAAUAACAGGUUUGGAAAUUAAAGUUUAAUGCAGUUUUUUUAUCCGAUUCAUCAAAAAAAUAAUCGACUGAUUAAUUAUCAAAAUAAUCGUUAGUUGCAGCCCUAUAUAUUUUUGUUUAAUAAUGUUAUAUAAUCUACUAGUCAUUAGUCACUAGGCCUAUUUAAAUUGUGUAGGUAAUAUGUUGUUUGUGUGUGUAACCUACAUAGGCUAGUAUUACGUUUUAGCUACAGUUCACCUGUAAAAUACCUAGUGCGAGCUAGCAGAUCAAAUU